AUGUCGAAUCCUAUCAGCAAAGCGCUCAUUGAAGCAGAGAAAUUGGUUGCAGCACUUAAGAGUAUCAAGAUCAAUCCGACGCCUGCCGAGCACCUCGCCCUCCUUAAGCAUACCAACAAUGUACGUACACAGCUCGAGGAGCCGUACGACACUGUGACACGAUGGGCUGAGAGUAUCGCCGUAACGGCUGCACUGUCUACCUUGACCCAAAUCGGUGCCUUCGGACGACUUCCCCUGGAGGGAUCAAUCAGCGCAGAAGACUUAGCAACAGCUGUUAAGGUUGACAUAUCAGUCAUCACUCGGGCAAUGAGAAUGAUCCUGGUGAAUGGCAUUGGGACCGAGACAGCCCCAGAUGUGUACCAACAAAAUAUGCUUUCCAUGAUUCUGCAGCCACAAGCUCUUGGAGCAUUCUUCUCGCUUUGCAUGGACUUCAACCGGACAUGGAUUAAACUGCCGGAGUAUCUCAAAACGCACGCACUGCCCGACUUGUAUGAUAGCAAGAAGUCGCCAUUUGCAUAUGCUGCUGGAAAGGAGGGAUUGACAUACUAUGAAGUUCUGAACGAGGAUGAGGAGCAGCGGGUGAUUUGGAACAAUACCUUGCAGCAGAUGGAGAAGAACAUGCCAGUCCUGGGGAUGUUUCCAUUUGCUUCACUGAAGGAGCAGGUAGAAAAAGAGCCCGAACGGCCAUUCAUCGUUGAUAUUGGAAGUGGGAAAGGUCAUGCCAUGCUGGCUAUUGAGACCAAGUGUCCGAAGUUCUUCGGAGCGCCCGUCAUCCUUCAAGAUCUACCAAUCGUCAUCAAAUCUCUCAAGGCAGAAGAGCUUCCUGGUAUCACACCUACUGUACACGACCUUUUCACUCCACAGCCUGUCAAAAAUGCUCACGUUUACUUCCUCCGACGCUUGCUUCACGUCUUCUACAUUCCGGCCUGUCUUGACAUUCUGAGGAAUAUCGUGCCAGCGAUGGGUCCAAACUCCCGACUUAUCAUCUGCGACAUGCUUGUUCCGGAGAUGGUCGAUGUUGGCGGGUCGAUGGAGCUGUACUGGCUGGACUUCUCAUUGUUGACAAUUAGUGGACGGGAAAAGACAUUGAAAGAGUUUAACGAGAUGUUUGAUGAAGUAGGUCUAGAGCUGGUCAAAGUUUACCCAUCAGGAAUUGGUAACACUGUCAUGCUGGAGACGAAACUGAGAGAGCCGUAG